UCCCCAACGUCAAGACCGCGGAGGGCUCGAUCUCCAGACGUUUGCCUCCGGCUGUCCACUCUUUUUCCUACGCCUUUCAGUCACUAUUAUAAUAAUUACUAGAGCUCGGAAGCUUUUGCUUCGUUAAAGGACAAAAUGGAGGGAUCUCGUGGUCGUCAUGCCCUCGAUAUCAGUAUCGUCUUCACCACUUUGGCAACAGUCACAGUCCUCUGUCGAUUCUACACCAGGUUAUUCCUGGUAAGACAGAUGGGUUCAGAUGACUGGAUUAUCCUCAUCUCUCUUAUAUUUUCUUUGGCUUUCUUGGGACUCUUCGCAGGCGAGGUCGAAUAUGGCAUGGGCAUACAUAUCGCGGAUAUCCCUCCGGAUAUUCUCGUCAAGCAAAUGAAGUGCUUUUGGGCUUCCGUGCCUAUCUACCAAACCAGCUUAAUUUCCACCAAAGCAUCCAUUCUCUUUCAGUAUCGCCGGGUGUUCCCAACCCAGAAGAUUCGCAUCGUUUGCAACAUCAUGAUUGCCGUUUUAGCUCUCUAUGGCACGUGGACAGUCCUCACGGCGUGGCUGAACUGCAUCCCAGUGGCCAAGUUCUGGGAUGACAGUAUCCCUGGCCACUGCCUCAAUAAGGAAGGACUGUGGUUCUCUAAUUCGGGCAUGCACAUCUUGACCGAUAUUAUCAUCAUGAUUUUGCCUAUGCCUGUUCUGAAAUCCCUGCAACUUCCACAAAGACAAAAGCUAGCCCUUAUGGGUGUUUUUGCCCUGGGUUCAUUCGUUACUGUGACAAGUUGCCUCCGUCUGAAAAGUCUUUUCGUUAUCUCGAGGGCUAAGGACCAAACUUAUGACAAUGUUGGUGCCGCGACGUGGUCCGCAGUCGAAUGUAAUGUUGCUAUCAUCUGCGCAUGCCUUCCGAGUCUGAGACCUUUCAUCUCUCGAAUCUUCCCCCGUCUGUUUAACGGGAUUUCAAGCUCCAAAACCAAAGACGUCCGAAGCCGAACUACUCAUGGAGCUUUCUCAAACAUAAAUGCCUCCGUUAUAGGAGGCGGUGACCCUGACCCUGAAUUUCACAUGUACUCGUUGAAGUCCAAGAGGAGGGGCGAUGACGACAGCAGCAAGGAUAGCGACAGCCUGAAGAACAUGGGCGGCAUCAAAGUUACGACAAUGCUAUCACAAGAAUCUAUUCAGAGAGCUGAUGAUGCUGGGAGCGAGAGGAAGUUGGUUAUGAAUGCACUUUAACUGGAUAUACCCCGGGGGCCGGCUGGCCAUUUUUGUUUCCUAUGUAUUAACAAAGGGUCAUUUUUUUGUUGUUUUUUUUCUAACGUUUGUACGUACACAUAUGACCGGAGAGCGAUACUGUAUUCUACAUUCUCCCUGCAAAAUGAAGCUAUACUCAGCGCACAAUACAGUA